AUGUCUUUAUCCAAGACGGAAACAGAUGUUAUACUAAACAAAGCCAAUGUUGCUUUAGCACGCAGUCAGCGACUCGUCGCCUCAUGGUUACCCCCGAAGACUCAGGAGGAACAAGCCAAUACAAAGUCUGAAGAGGCGUUACAGCAAGAAGAGGAUGAGGUUUUCACAGCUGUGCCAGAAACUUUAGGUGUUGGGGCACCCCUUCCCUCCAGGGCAGCCGAUGGAAGUUGGAAUCGCACGGAACUUGACUCCAACGAUAAACUGCGGAGACAGCUUCUUGGGAAGAAUUACAAGAAAAUCAUGUCGGAGAGGAGUGCAGCGGCGGGUCGACAGCCGAGCAACAUGAAAAGCUUAUCAGGUGCCAGCUCUGCUACGAAUCAGUCCCAGACUACGGCGGGCAGAGCUGGUGACGAUGAUGACGAGGACGAAGGACGAACGGCCUCAGUCGGAAAGAAGGGCCCGACUAAGAAAAGAAAAGCGGAGUCUAUUCCGAGGUCUCUUGACUAUAUCGUAACUGACAACGACGAUCGUGGGGAUCGGGUUGAUGGCGGUGGAGAUGGUGAGGUUGAGACAUUGGUGAAGCAAGGAGAGUCUUUAUCACAACAGCCAUCUCGACUGCGAGGGAGGAGGAAAGCUACAAGCUUCUUAGACGAGAUUCUUGCUGAGCGGUCAAGGAAGAGGAAGAAGAAAUAG